AUGGAUUCAUCAUUUGAGUACUUAUUGGAAACUGACGUGCUCCAGCUUCCAGAAACUCCUUCCAGAGAAAUUCGGUCUAAAGAGGAUAUUAGAAACGAAAUACUCCAAAUAAGACAAGAACUAUAUCAACUAUCAGAAUCUUUGAAGUCAGCUAACAAUUUCAGCAAAGGAAUAUUUUUACUUCCAGACGAUAUUUUAGCGAUUGUUUUAGAAUAUGUGAACCAGAUGGAUACGUUUCAUUUAGCCUUGACCCAUAGACGCUUCAAAAAUGCCUGCAAGGUAAAGUUAUUUAAAUCAAUCUACGUAUAUGAUGAUGUCAUAUCCAGAAAAGGAAUCAAUGUCCCUAAGAGCUUGUACUCUCUGUUUUAUAUGAAGUAUACAGUACUUGGACUCAUGAAAUUGUUAGAGUUAAUUAAAAGCUCCUAUUAUUAUCCCGAAUAUAUGAAGAAUAUUCUCUUUGCCAAUGAUAGGUUGGUUUUAGUGGACACGUUGAACACCAUAACCAGAAAGGCCCACCAGUGUUCUAUUAGUUUCCUAGAUAUUUCUUACAUGGAAAUCAAAAAGUGGAUAUUGAAUCAUCAAAAAGCAUCAGUCUCGGAAUACCAUUGGUUUGGUAACAGUCUUGAAGCGGUAUAUCCCACCAGAUUGGUAACUCAUUUGCUUGUGAAAGACACGGAGAGAACCUGGAUAGAAAAUGAAUUACCAAAAUUCACUAAGUUGAAAAGUAUCAAGCUCAUUGAACCACCUGAGUUCACUGUACCAAACAAAAUUGCCGUUGAUGAAUUGUAUUUAAGAAGUUUUAAUAUUAGAAAUGUACAAAAUGUUUUAUCCGGAUUCGAUCUUCACCGGGUUAAAAGAUUGCAGAUAUGUUGUUUUGAAAACCCCCUGUUGCAGAAAUUGCCCACUUUGGCUGAGAAUUUCACAUCUCUUAAAGCACUAGAAAUUGAAAUUAACACAACUGAGAGCAGCUGGUACAAAUUUAUUGAAGCAUUAAAAACGAGCCUCGAAGAAAUCUAUUGGAUACGCUACGAUUACAACAAACUGGCCACAGACUAUGACAAAUUGCUAGCACAUCAUAAGAAGUCUUUGAAAAUACUAAGCUUCUCAUCAAUAGAACAAGUAGGCUUUCGAAGCGGGAAACCAGAUUUCAGUAGACUUCCAGGGGGAAUACAUCCAAAAUCUCAUGACUUCAGGGCUAUAAGGCCACGUAACGUAAACCUAGAAAAUUACCCAUUAUUGCAAAAAAUAAUCAUUGAUGGGUACGUUGUUAGUGUCACUCAGACAAGAGAGAAGUACUUGGUUCCUGUUGAAUUCUAUGGAAAACAGCAUAGAUAA